GAAUAUUUGUGGCGGAUCGGUAUCAAUAGGACGCCGACAGGUCGAGCCGCGGGUACCAACCGCCAACACUUAGAGGGCUACGACGACAACGAGUCUGUCUGUCUAAUUCGCUAGCGGUCGAAUAUACGAGCGAUUGAUAUAAAUACCGCACCUAGCGAGACUCCCUCUACGUCUGAGGCAGGGACUACCGGGCAUAGCCUUACUGAUGAGUUCACCGGUAGUCCCGGGACGAAACGCACUCUCUCUCUCUCUUUUCAUCCGUCACAUAUUAUUAUUCACUACUCGGUGAAAAGUAAAUUUCUUGUUAAAAAAUCAUUAUAAUUGGAUUAAUACGUGAAUAUAUUUAAUAGCGGAUAUAAUUAAUAGCGACACAAUUAUAUGUACUUAUAUUAUUAUAUACAAUUAUAUUUACUUGUACCGGUGCGAAUACAAAUCACGCUCAACUUAUUAAUAGCGUACAGGUCAAUGGAAUUAUGUGUACAUCGAGCUUGUCAUUAACUUGAGAUCCAAUCGCCACAAUUACCGAUGUCGUACAACUAGAAAUGGAUAUAGAUCACAUGUUAGUAGUAUUUUUAAUUUUACACCACCUUCGAGAAAAUUGCACUUUAUUUAGUAAGUAAAGUAAAUUUAGUAUCUAGUAAGUAAAUAAAUAAUCUAACCAUUGUUGCAUAUACGUGUAAGUAAAAUACGACUAAAGUAGAAAUUAUUUCAUACUUUUUAACGCUUUUCCAAGUCGGUAAUAUCUUUUUAACAAACGAAUCUUUUAUUUCACAUUCUUUGUCGAAGCGAUCGAUAUUACAGAAGCAACGUAAAAAUAGUUUGAAUUAUCAUCGUUAUAAAACGGUAAUUUAUUCCCAUCUAUUUAUUAUUUACAUCGAGUCUCAAUUCCUAUUAACGAACGAGCGAAUAAUCAUCUCGUGGCGAAGGUAAACUUAUGCCCGAAAACGAAACCUCAGAACAGUGAAACGCAAUUUCAAAGCGCCCACCCAGGCUACUGUUUUUGGAAUCUGUUUACUCUGUGUUUCAUAAUGGAAUAUCGAUGUAAAAGGAUAUAUCCACGACGGAUUGGAUACUUUCCGGACAGACGUCGUAUAGUUGAAAAAACUGAAAUACAAUUUUCUCUUCUACGUAAUUAAUAUAAGCAACUUAAUUGUGUUUCUGUUUACCGUGUGUAACUAUUCUACGCUCGAGUAUGUAUAUGUCACCUGUAAAACGAACUUUCCUAGUUACGUACACGUCGUGUGCUUAACUUAUACUAUAACUAUAACUAUAGGUAAGUCGUUAGUUGUAAUUUCUAUUUCUCGGUAAAAAUCAAUUGAAUGUUUGAUUAUAAUUAAUAUUUUAAUGGGAGGUUUUCAAACUUCAACCGCGAUGGAAAAACAUACUUUGACAGGAGAUUCUCGGACUUCAAUGGAAAUGGAUUUCACCAGUUUCUAAUGAGCUCUCAAUGUAUUUUCUGUAACAGGCUUUGAGUUUCAAACAUGGCUCUGCGUCUGGAUUACGAAUAAUCGAAUAAACCAAGGAAGGAGGGCAUUUCAAUUUUCUCUUUUUACUCGCAUUGCAAUGAUGAUCUCGAUAAAUGAUCUGUGUAUCAAUUAGUUUCUGCUAUUUUCUGUAUCAUUAAGAUCGGAGAUAUUUCAAACAUUUAUUGAAAAUAACUUCGAACAAAUAGCAGGCAGUGAAAAAAAUUCCAAUAAAAUUCCGAUAAAAUUCAACAAUACGCUAUAGUAAGUAUCGGGAUUUUAAUUUGCAAAAUAAAUACGAUGUAUUGAUAUAAUACAGUACAAUAAAUGUUUGUAAAUACUUGUAUAACAAACAGUUUUUGUUUAUUAUAGCGUAAUUGUUAUAUAUAAUAAUACAUUUUUAUAUGAUAAACAAAAAAAUGAUACGAACUAAUGAACAAAACAAAAUUGGAACAUGUUGCACCGACCUCGGCAAUAUUGCAAUCCUUUUCAUCCUUUGAUAUUAUUUUCGCUCGAUCGACGUGCGCCAGGACCUUCCUGGCUGGUCCGGGGACAAACCGACUGACCAAUUAAAUUGAAUCGCAUAGCUGGUGCGAUUAGCUUUAUUGAAAAGUAAUAGAGACCAAGGAUGCGUAGAACAAUUUAUUGGAAAAACAAGGAAAAUGUGAUGAAAAUUUCUAGAAAUUUACGAUCUUCAAACACGAAUCGAAACUUUCAGAUAAGUUACGUUUGAUCAAGCAUCAAUUAACACUAUACGGACCGUCACGUAAUGGCAACGUAAUGUAUCAGCAUCGGCAGGACGUUGAAACGUAUAUUUUAAAUGGAGUCGUUCGCGUUAUCCGAAAACAACGAAGGAUCAUAGCAAAUCGUAAAGAACAGAAGAGAAAGAUGAAGAAUUAUAAAGAACACGUAAACAUAGAAAGAACGAAGGCUCGUAAGGCAAACAUCUGGAAUAAGGAAAACAUCUGAAAAGCAUGAUACGAAGAAAUGGUCAGUUUUUGUUUUGAUAGAGUAAAAGCUGGCCACUUCCGGUCUCGCGCAUCUUCUCUUUCAUAACAGGUGUUAAGCCCCCCUCUACCACUGGUUGCUCCUUUAAACACUAAUGCAACACUGGGAUGUGGCAUGGGGUGGUAUCUCGCACACGAUAGGUAGAAACUAGAACCCCCCACUCGUAGACUAUGAGAUAAGCAAAACAGGAUGCCUCUGCGCCUGCGGUACUCCUGGCGAACGUUUAUAUGUUACCUCCACCCUCUUGCCAACCAAAUCAGAGAUCAGUGAAGUCGUCGUCGUGAUAACUCGGAGGACACUCAUAUCGUUUCCUCUACUUUCCCGAUCUUAAAAUUUUGUGAUAUUUACGUAAAGCAACUAUUAUUUGCAGUUAUUCGAAGAGACUCUGCAUUUUGGGGCAUACAUACGUUGGAGAACAAGCAAGCUUUAUCUGUCAAUGUGGUCAAGAAUUUCGUUGAUUCCAAUCUUCGCCAAAAGAAUAAUGGAGUCUACAACUGUGUUCAGGGCCUACAAAGAAAUCUUACGCCUGAUCAUGAUCGAACAAUUAUCAGUAGCCGUAAUCCAUAUGCGCGUUGAAAAUGGUAACGUGACGAUUAAAUCCACCACGUGUGUCAAGUUUCGCAAAAUAUGUCACGAAGAAGAUCAACUUCUGCAUCUGGUCGGUCAUUUAAUCUCUCCAGACGAAAUUCUCAUUCCUUUCACAAGACGCUUUUCUGAAUUCUUAAACAUCGAUGUUCGUUCCGUCACUGAAUGUAUCGAGAACAUCUUCAGCUCAACUUGCGACAUUGUUGUAGACUUUGACUUACAAAAAUUGAUACAGCUGUCCAAGAAACGAGAUGGUACGAUUAAAGAUAUAAUAACAGAGAUGUUCUGGCUACCAAAAAUGAACAGUAGAGUAGGAAACGGAAGUUGGUUCGACUCAGUCGAUCGAGGACAUGUAAUUCCUUUUUACAUGACUUGUUGCGAUCAAUUAAGCGAUUUUAUUGGAGAUUAUUUCAAUUACUUUCGCGUAAUUGAACAAUCAAGUAGAAAAGUAAUAAAGUGGUAUUUUUUGGAUAUUAAUAUCUUUCUUGCGCAAGACACUGAUUCGUUGUAUGAAAAAAUGGAAGGAGAGAAAAAAAAUAAGCAAACGAGAAAGCUUACUAUAUUGAAAGAGAUAGACGGCGAUACGACGCAUCACACGGUUCACGUGAUUCGUUAUUUCUCUAAAGAAUGCAAAUUGGAAGAUGACAGUAUUGUCCAUUUACUUAGAAACCCUUUCUUACCCACCGACCAACUUCCCUUUAUCACACAGAGCUAUGAUCCACGAAUUUCGAAAUACGUGUUUCAUUUAGCGUAUAAGGAUAAUGUCGAAAUGACUAAUAAGAAUUUUUUUAACCUGCUGUCCAUGCUACGAGACAUUUUGUACAAACUGAAUAUUGUCUCCAUCGUGAUACAGAAUUGCGACUCUUUCAAUUUGCGGAAUGUUUUAUAUAUGUUCGAGCACAUUUUGUGCGAAGAGGAUAUCGCUGUGACGAUCGCAGGAAUGUAGAACCGUCAAUCGUGCCUCGGUAAACGAUCAAUUUUCUUUGGAAACGAUCAAUUUGGAAGAAUUAAGAAUGAUGAUUUAGAGUUUUGAUUAAUGUGAUUUUGAUUAAGAAUCCGCCUCUACGUUACAAAAACGAUUCUUAAUCGCGGUACAAAGCUUUAAAUUGGGAUAAGUUCAACGAAUAUUUACUUAACGAAUUAUUCACUUAAUUAUUUUCUAACUAGGUUUUAUGCUACCUUUACUGUGAUAUUAUUAUAUUUUAAUCUUAAAUAUCAUAUAUAGACACGGAAAUAUAGUAGAAAGAAUUACUUUAUUUGUAUAGACAGAUUCCCUAAGAAGUAAAACUGAUACAUUCUGCUUUUUUACAAAUUCCUCAAUUUCAGUACAUAUAUCAUUGAUGCUUGGCACUUUAUAAAGGAAAUAAUCUGGUUAGUUUGAAUUCUAUGUGAUUCGAUUAGUAUCACUCAAAAAGGAGCCCUUUCCUUCGUAGAUCAAUGAAAUCUUAUAUGUAAACAAUAAAUCACAGGCAUAUACGACACGUAUGCGUGCCCAUAGGAAUAUGUGUACCUGAGAAACGAGUCCAAUCUAAAUGUCAGUUAAAAUACAAGUGCUAGACUUGUUAACAAAUUUCUGUGUACAUGUCAAAUGAUGUGAUAAUUGUAUAUUGUAAUGUAUAUGGUGUAAUUGAAAUUUAAGGAAAUUGAAAAUAAUUCGACUAACUCUAUUAUGAUGUUCGCUAAUGUGCUAUCAUACCGUAUAUAUCUCUAUAUGAAAGUAUUUUCAUUAAAAGAAUGCUAUUUUUUGAGAAAGCGAAUUUGUACUGUGAUGUGAUAUCGAUGUAAGAAUUGAACAAGGAUCGGAAUUAGCUCUUUCCCAGUUUACUUGUUUUUGAGAAAAAUGAAAGCUGACACAGCUAACACAAUAAUAAUCAAAGCUAAUACAAAGAGCUGAUAUUUCCUAAAAUAUUUAUAAUUAUAAUUUUACGUUCAUAAUUAUAUAUAUAUAUAUAUAUUUAUGAUAUAUAUAUAUAUAU